AACUAACAAACGACGGGAACCGAAAUCAUGGAGGUUCUCUGCAAAUUGCUGGUGCUCUGCGCACUGGUAUUUAGCGCGAACAUCUUUACGACGGCUGAGAGUACUAAUUCGAACGGUGUCCGCAAUGAGUUGAUUUUAAAAAAUCUUCUAUUCGAUGGUAUUACGGGCGGCCUGAAAAUACCCGAAUUGAAUGAAUUAAAAAAUUUGAAUGAAUGUGCGGCUAUUUACAAUAUAAAAAUUAUUGAGAGAGUUAUAAUUGCGAGCAGCAAGCUGCGCCAAUGUGCCAAUGUGAAGGAAUUCGAACUGCUAACCUUUUUGCAACAGCAAAGCUCAUCUGCUGUGAAAACUGCCUUCCAGCAGAAGAUGACCGCCUGCAGCAAGCAUGAGUGCUUUGCAGAUUUGAUCAUGGAUCUGUUUAAUGCUGUGCAUCCAAUGUUGAGAAGGGUCUGGCAGAUCAAGCGUUGUGUCAUCCAUGAAAUUAAGAAUGCUGCGUUGGAAGUGGAAAAGUCCAACGAUGCCUGCAGAAUUGCAUUUCUAAGGGUGCUGGAGGCUCUGAUAAUGGCAAAUGGAAUAUGUCAACUCCAAGCUGGAACUGGACAACUCCAGUCCCACCAAUCUGGAACUGGACAACUCCAAGCUGGAACUGGUCGACCCCUAGCUGGAAUAUGUCAACUCCAAGCUGGAACUGGACAACUCCAGUCCCACCAAUCUGGAACUGGACAACUCCAAGCUGGAAUUGGUCGACCCCUAGCUGGAAUAUGUCAACUCCAAGCUGGAACUGGUCGACUCCUAGCUGGAAUAUGUCAACUCCAAGCUGGAACUGGACGGAGACCCCAUCAUGGAACUGGACAACUCCAGCCCCACCAAUCUGGAACUGGACAACUCCAAGCUGGAACUGGUCGACUCCUAGCUGGAAUAUGUCAACUCCAAGCUGGAACUGGUCGACUCCUAGCUGGAAUAUGUCAACUCCAAGCUGGAACUGGACGGAGACCCCAUCAUGGAACUGGACAACUCCAGCCCCACCAAUCUGGAACUGGACAACUCCAAGCUGGAACUGGUCGACUCCUAGCUGGAAUAUGUCAACUCCAAACUGGAACUGGUCGACUCCUAGCUGGAAUAUGUCAACUCCAAGCUGGAACUGGACGGAGACCCCAUCAUGGAACUGGACAACUCCAGCCCCACCAAUCUGGAACUGGACAACUCCAAGCUCGAACUGGUCGACUCCUAGCUGGAAUAUGUCAACUCCAAGCUGGAACUGGACGACUCCUAGCUGGAAUAUGUCAACUCCAAGCUGGAACUGGACGACCCCUAACUGGAAUAUGUCAACUCCAAGCUGGAACUGGACGACCCCCAACUGGAAUACGUCAACUCCAAGCUGGAACUGGACGACCCCCAACUGGAAUAUGUCAACUCCAAACUGGAAUCAGAGCACCCCGAACUGGAAUCUGACUACUCCUAGCUGGAAUUCUAGCACUCCAAACUGGAAUGCUACUACCUCUGCGCCUGAAGCCACCACUACUAUGAGUUGGUGGGACAAACUUGUGAAGAACUUGAGAAUCUAAGCCGUUGUCUUACAUAAUUUUUCCUUUUCUUUGCUCAUAAAAUCUUAAAAUUAAAUUUUCAGCAUAUAUAAAAAUAAUAAAUU